AUGGCAAGGAACAAUGAUAUACGAGGACAGGAAAACCAGCCGAGUUGGGGUAUGGGGCAUGUGCCUGGUGGUUCGAGCGUUGUCGAGCGUUGUUCUACCGGUGAGGGUGGGGAGAACUCUGGACAGGUCGCACUCCACGCUGCCAGAAGAGUUACAUCAUGGCGAGUGGCCGCCGUCAAAGCCACGGUUCUCGCCAAGCCGCUUAACCUGCCCUGUGGAUCGCCGCCUCUCCUUAUAUGGAAUAGUAUUUUCUUGGCAGUGUGGCUCGCCACAUGGAUUUUCCGAGCACAGCCUCGUGCGGCUGGAACGGCUUCCAAGGACUAG